AUGGCAGGCGUCAAGAAAUCUAAAGCCACGAGGAGUAGACCAACCAAGAAACCCCUGCCGGACCAUGUUGAGACCGCGGUAGCUACCGUCGAGCCCGAGGCGGUAGUCGAAAUUUUGGAAGAGGAUUUAGAACCUGAAAAUGGGCAAGCAGGACGAGAAGCACCUAUCGACGUCCACGAAUUGCAUAGGCGGAUGCAUGAGGCUCAUCAUUUACGGGCCCUCGCCUCAACCGGAAGCCCAGGAAGCCGAGGACGUACUGAGAAAGUCGUCAAGUCGAAGCGAAGAUCGAAAAACGGGCACAAUCAAGGCCGAGGGCUCGAUGAGUUUGAGUUCACGAGGACCGUGGUCGGGACGUCGAAGUCGUCAAAAACCGAGCAACGGACGAUCGAUUGGUGCGAUGGGAAUUCGAGGAUAAGCCUCGAGGAGGCGCCUACGGUCCACAGCUCCAAUUUCGACUACACACUCUCCGAAGACGCGGAUGUGAUCCACCUGGAGCGCUCAUUCCAAGAAUCCACCCAAGAGCUCGAAUUCGAGACGGAUAGGGACGAUUUCGUGCCUGGAGAUUCAGCCCCUCCGUACUCUGCAAUCGUCAGCCGGAUGCUGGAGAAUUCGCAGGUGCAAAUGAUGCUGCUUGCCAUUGUCGCCGCUUUCCUCUUGCCGCUGAUAUGCGCGCAAAAUUUACAGAUCCAAGCCUGCUGCGGUGUGCCGAAUCUCUGCCAAAAUUUCUCUCGGGCCGAGGAUCUGUUCGGGGUGGCCUGUUGCGGGAAUCAACCUUACAAUGCGUUCACGAGGAUCUGCUGUAGUGGGGCAGUCCGAGACCGUAAGACCGCCGAUGGACGAUACGCUGAACUUUGUUGCGGCACGGAAACGCUGGCCUACGAUCAGACUUGCUGUGCCGGAGUUGUGCACAACGUAGCUGGCGGGGAUUGCUGUGGCUCGGCCGUCUACUCAAAGUCCGAUCCGAGCUUGAAGUGCUGUAAUGAAACGUUGGUUAGGGCCACUUCCGGCACGGAUAUCUGCUGCGGGGCCACAACAUUUGAUGGUGGCCGUACGCAGAUGUGCUGUGGGCAGCAGGUCUUCCAGCUCAGCGACUUUGACAGCUGCUGCGAGUCGCCGGGCGGGACCUUUCAGCAAUUCAACUCGGCCACCCAGUUCUGCUGCGGGGUGCCGCAGCAGAAAAACGGCAACAUGGCCUGCUGCUACCUGCGCCAAUCCGGAAGCCUCAUCGAAACGGCCUACGACAAAACACGGCAAUGCUGCAAAUACCCCUUCGAUAUUAUACAGCCGAUGACGAAUGGGAGCUGCGACUCAUGGUUCUCCUGGCAGCUCGGGGGGCGGACGGAUCCGGACGGAAAAACGGCACCGACGAAGGCCGUAGCCUGGGCAAAAUACAAAGAUGGCCUACCCGCGCCCUACUCGACGAUCCCCUGCUUGGAUGCGACGCGUGUCCAUGUGAAAGAGGCGAACAACCCGGACGGCUUCUACCACGCCAACUGGAUCCGCCCACCCAAUUCCGAUCAGCAAUAUAUCUUGGCCCAGAGCCCAAAUCAAACAAAUUCCGAAGAUUUCUGGGCUAUGGUAUUCCAGGAAAAGGUUUCGUGCAUUGUGCUGAUCCGGGGCAGGCUAGAGAAUGAAGCCGCUUGGAAGCCGUACUACCCGCAAGUGGAGGGUGAGAUGAUGUUCUUUGGCCGUUACACGGUCAGCAACGCGGCGACGGGAGAGUUCGAGUUUGAGAACCCGACUGAGCUGUUGGCGGUGGUUGCACGCCAUCUGUUGGUGCUCAGAGAUGGGGUCGACACACCGCUGGAAAUCACGCAUAUUCACAUCAAUUCGACAUCGAAUUACCGUCCGAAUUUCGACAUGGGGUUGUGCGAGCUGCUCGUCUACCUGAGGGAAGUCAAGAACGUCGAAACGAUUCUUCUCCACGACGAGCCGUACAGCGGCCGAGCGGAUACUUUGGUGCUCCUGGCGAUGUUCAUGGAUGAGAUCGAGACGUGCCCGAAAACUAUUGGGGAUCGCGGGGCGAGGGAGGCCACUUUCAGGCGGUUGCGCCGGUGUCGCGCCGAGGCUGUUAGGUCCCAUGGCCAGUACCUGUUCGCAUUGGGGAUGCUGGAGAUCUACCAUUCGAACCGAUACGGGAUGCGAAUGCACUCUGAUUGGUUGAAGCAGUACGUUCGCUUGAUGCACGACCGUGUGGGGCCAGGUGCCAUGGUGAUGCUCGUUGCGCCAUGCAAGGAGAAGGAGACGAUGCUGCUCCACGACGAGCCGUACAUUGGACGAUCGGAUACGGUGGCGCUCCUCGCCAUGAUGAUGGACUGGAUGAAGACCAACGACACUCAUCACCUCCAGGCGAUGAAGAGCGAGACGCUUGAACAAUUGCGCUCGUGCCGCGCCGGCGCUGUCCGGUUCUUCGACCAGUUCAUCUUCUGCUGCGGGGUGAUGCAGCUGUAUUAUUGGGAGCGCUACGGGCAGGUCCCGCACGACGACUCUGGGUUCCUUCACACG